CUAAGCAGCAGUAUAUUAGCCUCGAGGAUUCUUCCGAGAUCAAAAUCUUCUGGGAUCAACAGAUAUAUAUCGGUUAGUAAGAGCACGACGCCAGAUUUCUGCUGAAUUUAAAAGCUUAUUUUUCAGGUAGUAGGAGGCAUUAUGAUGUUAGAAUUGGGAUGAGAAAUCCAUGGAACAGUAACAUAAUUAGAAGAAGAAACAUUCACUUUCAUCCUCCAUACCCUUACCCUUGCUAUUGCCUUUCACCGCCACAACCACAACCCACAACCAACCCUCCUCUUCUGCUUCAUCGUCGCUGGCCUUAUGCAACUGGAAUUCCCGUUUUGCCCCCCCCCAAUGCCAAUGCUCCUAAGAAUAUAAACAACACUGUCAAUUUGCACAAACACACUCUCACCCUCCAACUCGAUCCUAACAAUCCACAUCACCACUUGAUUUCCUUUCAUUUCGAUGCCCUCUAUGAUGGCAGCUUUACAAUCUUCUACAUGGCCAAAGAAGAAGGAUGUAUGUUCAGUCCACUAUUUCCGGAGGUGUUUGAGCCAAUUACAUUUACUUUUGAAAAAGGAGUUGGACAGAAAUUUUGUCAGCCUUCAGGAACAGGCAUUGAUCUAGGUUUCUUCGAGUUGGAUGAUCUUUCUAGGUCUUUUUCACCCGAAGAUGAUGAAUUUCCCCUUGUCAUAUGUGCUGAAAUAAGUAGUAAUUAUGCACUAGAUGCAACCCCUCACAUGCAAAUAACUCAAGCUAUCUUAGAGAAAAGUAAUGAUAUUGGUCCUUUCAACGUAAAAGUAGUUAGACAGCUUCUGUGGAUUAAUAAUGUUUGUUAUGAGCUGAAAGAGUUAUAUGGAACGGCAACAGAUUUUGAUGAUGAUAAUGAUUCUGAGGAGGAGUGUGUGUGUGUUAUAUGCAUGAUGGAACCCAAGGACACUGCUAUCUUGCCCUGCAGACAUAUGUGUAUGUGCAGUGAGUGUGCCAAAACUCUACAGUCUCAAUCAAAUAAAUGCCCUAUAUGCCGUCAACCAAUUCAAGAACUUAUAGAGAUCAAGAUAAACAAUAACAAUCAAUGACACAUUGUUGCCUUAUGCAAAGUUCUAUUACAUGAUAGAGAUUGGACUCUUAACUUCAUAUUCAAAAUUUGCGCCAAAAUAACCAAGUGAUCGGAUAUAUCCCGCGGAUAGAAACUGCAAAAGCGUAUAGAUCGUGCGGCUCACAAGUUUUUUUGUGUUUAUAAUUUUUUUUUUGUAUGAAAUAAGCUUUUUGUACAUUUUGAGAUUGUCUAUUUUCAGCAUGACAAUUCAUAGACCUUGUAGAUGUAUAUUUUAAUCAUUAUAGUUCAUUCAUUAUU